AUGGAGCUUGCGCUGGGCGCAGCUCUUCGGGAUCUUCGAGAGGCCGUCGGCGCAUCAUCCGGUUGGGCGCCUCCACUUGCACUUCUUGCCCGAAACGGAUACCAAGCCUCACUCGAAGCCGCCGGUCGAGAGCUUGGACCGCGUCGCCCAGGCUUGGACCGCGUCGCCCAGGUGCAGGCAUUCGACGCAGUGGACCCCCGGGAUGCUGCGGGGUACCAGUCCACUCUCAUCACCGACGGGGCUCGCCUUUAUCCUGGCUUGGCCCAGAAGCACGGACUCCUGAUCUACCAGUGCUCCCGCGCCACUGGCCUGUUCGCGUACAAGGUUCGCAGGGGCCGCUGUUUGAACCCCACGAUCAAGGAGUAUGCUCUUCAGUGGCAGUGGCGCUAUGUCUGCCGCGGGCAUGAUCUCUUCCUCUCUUCAGGUGAGGUGGUGGUGGUGGACCCUCCGCGCCAGGGCCUUCGCCCGGAGGCGCGGGCAGCAGUGCUGCGAUUGAAGCCCAAGCGCUUGGUCUACGUGUCCUGCGAUUGCGCGACGCAAGCCCGCGAUCUGAAGGACUUCGUUGCUGCUGGCUAUGUGGUGAAGAAGGCAAAAGCGUUUUCCCCCAUCGCCGAGUCGCACAAGAAAUACAACUCCUUGGCCCGUCCGAAUUUCCCCGGUACCGCUUCACCUCCCGUGUUUCGCGAUGCGGGCCUCGCCAUGGCGCGGCUCUUCGCGCUGCUGCUGGCGCUGAGUUUGCUGGGCCUCCUGAGGCUUUGGAGCCAAUCCUUUGACGAGUCCAAUGAGCCGCCGGGCAGCUUCGCUUCAACGCAGUCGCCUGUGGACGCAUUGGCCAGUGCUUCAAUUACGGUACGUACCGCGGAGGUUUCUCAGCCGCCGCCUUCAGGCGAGGAGUUCAAUACGACUCUGGCGGACUUCAACUCGACCUCCACCACGGAGUUCUUUAAGCUGAAGAACCUGCCUUUGGAGGUGAACCGCUCCGCGGUGCAGAGCUGCGAGGAGGACGGCUGGAACUUCUCCUGCCUGGUCUUCGUGGGGGGUGCCGAAGGCUACACUAAUCAACUGCUGUCCACCUUGGACGCUUACCGCCUGCUGCUCCGCAGCAAGCGACGCUUGCUGGUGCUCGCGCCCAUGCGCUCGGAGCACGCCUGGCCCGUGCAUAACGUGCCCCAAUGUCUGGACGACGUGCUGGAGCUGCCGAACGCAGUGUGCCAGCAGCCCACGCACCUCACGCCGGAGGAUGAUCGAGAUCAGCUGGUGCGCUCGAAGCAGUGCCGCUUCGAUGGGCGGGAGACCAACCCGCUGCGGCACACCGGGCAGAUGGGGGAUUGGUACGUCUUCUGGCGACUGCUCAACGCGUCAUCCUGGGAUUACUUGCCCAAAGUGGCCUUCUCAGAGUACAGCAACAGCUCCAACUGUAUCUUCUCGCGGUCCUGGCGCAUGGAGAGCUGGAAGCUGUGGCCGAGCACCUUGCGCAUUCAGCCCAGGUACGUCCAAGUCUUCGAGGAGAUGCGACGGAGACUCUUCGGGAGUCAGCGGUACCUGGGCGUCCACUGGAGAAGGGGUGACCAGCUGCUGACCAAGUGCAAGCUGAAGAUGGACAAGUCGGUGAACUGCGGGCAGGUGGAGGACUUGCAGCGACUCGUCCAGAGGAAGCUGCAGGGCCGAAAGAUGCCCGUGUACGUGGCCACCAACGAGAAGGACCAAGAGACCUUGGCUGAGCUGCGAAGGGUGGGGUUCCGUCUGCAGUCAGAUGCAGGCUUUGUGCUGGACUCCCUUGAAUCCUUCUUCGCGGACGUGUACCUCGUGGGGUGCUCCCACCAGGCCGUGAUCCCUGGCUUCAACUUCGGCUCCGGCACCAGCAGCGUGCACAAGCUCAUCCAUACCUUCCGCCUUCACUUCCAAACACAUCGGGCGGACGGGGUCUGCGGGGACCUGCCACUCAUCGUGGACCACGUGAAUUGCGGAAGGCUGUUGGAGGAGAGCUGCGAGCAGUGCAAAGUGGACUGCAUGGCCGACUGCCAGCGCCUGGGCGAGUCGACCCCCAGCAGACCGCCACGAGGGCCUGGGAUGGCACCUGCCAGACGCGGAAAGCGAAAGUGA